AUGCGGAUUGUGUUGACCCUUCUGAUGGCUACUCUGCCCCUGGGCUGGGCCAUUGUGGACGGCGGGCCGGGCAGGGACUUCCUGCUGACCCCCAGGCCAGGACAUCAGCUGAGUGGCAAGCGUUUGUUCUACGAGGAGCCCACUUUCCAGGAGCAGGAGGAGCAGGUGACCGCCAAGAAGGCCCAGAGACGACCGUUCUUGGAGCCGCGUCCCUGGGAGCACACCUUGAAGCAUGUGACCUAUGUGACCCUCUUCACGAAUGCCGCCAUGGGCGCUGCAGCCGGGAACUUGAGCCAGCUCCACGACUACCACGAGUUCCUGCAAACGCCCUACAUCCCAGCGGAGGAAGACCGUCGUGGCGGGGAUCGCUUCGGCGACAUCGUCACCCUGGCCAAGGGCUAUCUGGAGCAGUUGCCGACUGGACGGAGCAACAGGACGUACCGGUUUUUGGAGGCAGGAGCCAGCACGGCCACCACCAGCAGCGCGAAUCCCAACCAGAGACGGGCCCUGUGGCAGGUGCAACGCAUCCGGCAUAGGGACGGAGAACCGGGACGGCAUCACUACCACUACGAGAUGAAGUUCAGUGUGACGCCGCUGGAGAACAAGGCGUGGCAGCCGCACCACCGGAUGAGCUACAUCCAGAAGGAGUCCGACUAUCCGGCCAGCUUCGGGCGGCUAUCCCAUGAUCCUGGCUUUGCCCAGAGGCGGCAGGACAGAGACAGGGAACGGGAGAGGGACAGGGAGCGGGAGCAGUCCCAGGCCACAUUCGUCCAUGGGAUAUUCCAGCCCCCGCCACUGCCCCCUGGCCCGCCCAAGCUGAACAUCGGUGAGUAUCUGAAGGGAGCGGCUCCGGUGGAAGGUCCCAAGCUGGAACUGUACCCAGGACUCUUCAACCUGGGCCUGCGACCGACCACCUUUCGUCCAAACUAUCCGGGCGUCAAGUUUGGGGCUCACCCGGAACUGGAGAGGUUUCCCAGCCAGGUGAACAACAAUGAGUUGAUCCACCUGGGUGGAGGACUGGGUGGUGGUCUGGGUGGCGGAGCCUCAGCAGGAAUACCAGCAAGACCUUUGCCUUCGGACGUACCAGCCACUUCGGGCGCCGUGACCCACCACUUCCAUCAUCAUUUCUACGUCGCCCCGGCUGGUGGUGACCCGGAGCUGAACUACCAUCGCCUGUCCAGCUCAUCGCCGCCAGAGCUGACCACUCCGGCGCCCAGCUUCUAUCCCAACCAUCAAACCGUGCACUUUCCCAGCUCCAGUUCAGCCUCCCUGGAGUCUGGCGAGGACCAGGAUCUCCGCACGCCCCAAAUAUACGGUCAAGCCUCGAAAUACCAGACUGCCAAGCUGCCGCCUCUGCUGAUCUAUGCCGGCGGCGGCAGUUCCAACGAGGAGGAGGGGGAGGGGCUGGCGGAUGAGGAGGGCGGCCACCGGCAGUCCUUUGUCCAGAGCGAGCCACUAGAGGAGACCGUCUAUCGGUAUUCCGAGCCGGAUCCCUUGUACGUCAACCAGAACCCCAUCGAUGUAUUGCCAGAGAGGGGGGAUCCGCCCCCGGGGGAGAGGAAUGGGGAGACGGAAACCCAGCUGGAGGUGGUGGCCACUCCAGAGGCACCUACUACCACCACAACUACUACUACUCCAAGGCCAACCACUACGCCGACUCCUGCCCCCACAGAGGCCACAACCAGUGCAAAUCCAAGCAACCCCACCACCAGUAGCUCCAGCUUCGUGUCCACCUCGACCCACUUCAGUCCUCUGCGCAGCAUCAGCCGGUACAGAACGACGCCCAGGAUAACAGCCGGCAUAUCCACCACCACCACGACCACAUCGACAACGGCGGAGCCGCCGCUGAGCAAGUGGGCCAAGAGGCGCAAGGAGCUGGACAGCAAGGCGAAGAGCAGCUUGCGGCACGAGGCCUUCGUGGCCACCACUGCCUCCACCACGACCACCAGUAGCCCUACCAGCUCUAGUACCAGCACCAGCACCACCACCACCACUCCCAGUCCCAAGCCGAGGGAAGUGGUGGAGGUGCUCACCCAGAAGUCAGUCAGCCGAUCGGUGAGCAUCAAGGUGGGCGAGAACGGCGAGGAGAUCCCCAUAUUCGUGGACGACGACGAGAACGAGGUGAAGCCCAGUACCAAAUAGGAGCCCAUAUCUAUACUCUACAUAUCGUAUUCCCUAGCUGUAAGUCUUGGAAAUAAACAGAUGUCACUGUGAGCCAGAGUCUUCUGGG